AUGACUGUCCGAAUCGUGUCAUACAAUUUGUUGGUACCUGUCUAUGCUGAUCGACCAAAGUUUUACUUCAAGUGUCAACCUCAGUUUCUUAAAACUGACUAUCGACGGAAUCUGAUUCAAGCUCAAAUAGAAGAAGAAAUUACCCAUCAUGAAAAUACAGUUAUAUGUUUACAAGAAUUAUCUCUUUCGAUGUUACCCAAACUUGAAUUAUUGUUUCGUUCGUUGAAUUAUAGUCUCUUUCAUAAUCUUUAUGGUGAAAAAUGGAAUGAUUAUAUAGGUAUAGGUAUGGCAAUUCCUGUUUCGAUGCAACUCAAUUCCAUUUCUUUCAUUAAAAUUGGAGAACAUAUACGAUCAAUUAGUAAACAUCAUGAAAAACGGACGAAUCUCUUUACAUGGGAAUGGAAUUUCUGUCAAUCUGCUUUAAGUAAAUUCAUACAACUCGCAUCUGAUCCAUGGAAAAUAGCCAUGGAUAGAAGCAAUACCCUCAUCUGUUUACAACUUGUAAUCGAUGGUAAACCAUUAUAUGUUGGUACAUAUCACAUGCCUUGUCUUUAUGAACAGCCUGAUGUAAUGGCAAUACAUUCAUCGAUUGUAAAAGAUUUGAUGUUUCAAAUAUCAGCUGGACAAGAUUUUAUUCUAGCAGGUGAUUUCAAUCUUAAACCAUGGGAUACAUGUUAUCAAGCUUUAACAAAAAAAGGUUAUAUUGACAGUAAUUAUCCAAAAUAUAAUAACUAUGAAAUAUCUUAUCGACCAAAUACAGAACAAGUAUUAAAAAGUGCUUAUCGAGAAAAGAAUGGAUCAGAACCUAAUUAUACAAAUUAUUCUGAUACAACAAAGUCACGAAAUUUUUGUGCUACUUUAGAUUACAUAUUUUUUGUUGGUGAUCUAACAGUAGAAAAAGUGUUGAAAUUACCUGAUCAUCCUACUGGUGAAUCUUAUCCUGAUGAAACACAUCCUUCCGAUCAUCUAAUGAUUGCAGCAACAUUCAGAUUAUGA